AAAAUAAGUUUUAAUAUUACGUAUAAAAUUAAAAAUUUCCCAAAAAUCUAAGCGGGCUUGGAAUAUAGAAGCCAACAUUUGGGGCCCAUUUUUAGGAGAGGUUCUUCUUCUCACGAACUAAAACCCCCAGUAAGUAGCAGACAAAGCUUGCUUACCAAACCAGCAAUGACACUUCUCACUCUCAUACGACACUCCCAACUCCGUCGUUUUUAUCGAUCCUUUUCACCACUCUUCCCAUCAUCAUCUUCUUCUUCUUUAAAACCAGUCACUGAUCAACACACUCUUCUAACCCAAGAUGAACUCACUGAGAUCAACCUCCUCCUCCCUCGUCUCUGCCUCUCGAACCAACUCAACACUGCGACCCACCUCGCCAUCACCGCCCUCCUUACAAACCCACCUCUCGAUGCCAUCUCUCUUUCUGCCCUCCUGGACUCCCUUGCCUCCCAGUCGGACAUGGCCAUGCCCAUGUCCCUCCUCACCCGCCUCAAACACAGCCCAAUGUCCCAACACCAUGUGGCGCCCAUCAACAACACGCUCGUCGCUGCCUACUUCAGAAAGGGCAAGCCCAAAGAGGCCCUCAAGGUUUUUAAUUGGAUGGUGAGGUCGGGUUCCCCAUUCAAGCUUGAGGAAAAGUUUUGUGGGAUUUUGGUUGAUGGGUUUUGCAGGAGUGGGAUGGUUCUUGAGGCUUUGAAGGUCUUGAGAGCCAUGGUGGGUGCCGAUAUUUGUCCGCAUGGCGAGUUGAGGAAGGUUGUCUAUAGAGGUUUGCUGAGGGAAGCGAGGAUUAGGGAAGCAAUGGAGUUAAAUAAGGCUUUGUAUUGUGAUUGCGGGGGAAUGAAGAAGGUGGUGGACCUCUUAGAUACCAUGAUUGAGAACUGGAUUGAGUAGAACUUGAUCUGUUGAUUGAUCUCCAAAAUUGAAGUGUCAGAAAUUUCUGUGGGAAGGUGGAAUUAACAAGCAUGAUGAAGUAAUUCUCACUGACCUUGUUAGGCUCUUUGUUUCUGAUCAGCCACACAAGUGAAGAGUUCGAAGUUGUUCUUAUUAUGGCCUUUAUAUUGGACUUAAGCAACAUUUUUGUCAUCUCAUCCAUGUCUUAGGAAACCACCUUGUGGUUUGAAAAUGAAAGAUUGAACUUCAUUUUUACAUUGAGAUGCCUGGAACAAAACGAAGCUGCUUGAGGGAAGAGAAAACCAUAAAGCAUGAUCACAUGUAACAGCUCUAUCAACUUUUUCUCCUGCCUUGAGAAUACUCUAAUUUGUAAAAUCAUGUGGAUUUCUCCUCAUCCCAUGCUACAACCAUAGUCUGGAAUACUAUCAAACUAUAAAAAAUGGGACUUAUAUUUCCACUUCAAUGAGACACAGCAUUUAUAUUUUAUUUUGGGAUUUAGUAGCUAUGAAUGUAGUGUAAAGUUGGAUUUAUGUGAGGAGAGGAAAAUGUAAGAAAAAAAAAAUGUGGAGAAUAAAAAAAAAUCAAUUUUUCAAUAUUGGGUAUGGAAAAUUUUGACCAUA